UUUUCCCAUUAAUACCGAUGCAAUUUUUGGUGAUUGGUCAACACAACGCAACAACAAAGCUCACGCCUUUAUAUCAUAGUUUCUGUUCACUGCCAAGUCCCACCCAGCACGAGACACAGUGAGUCAGACUCUUCAAUCUCUCGGUGGGAUAAGAUGUUUCUCAAAGUCAAAUUGCCCUGGAAUGUUGUAAUCCCUGCUGAAAAUCUGGAUGCAAAGGGCCUGAUGCUUCAAAAAUCUAUAGUUCUGCGUUUAUUGGAGGACUUUGCCCACAAAAAGGCCACCAAAGAUCUUGGAUACUAUCUUGCAGUCACAACUUUGGAGAGCAUAGGUGAUGGGAAAAUUAGACAAAGCACAGGGGAGGUUUUGUUUCCUGUUGUUUUCAGUGGAAUCACCUUCAAAAUUUACAGGGGAGAGAUCUUGGAGGGGAUUGUGCACAAGGUGUUGAAGCAUGGUGUUUUCUUGAGGUGUGGGCCAAUCGAAAAUGUAUAUUUGUCUAAUGCAAAAAUGGCUGACUAUAAGUACGUGCAAGGGGAGAAUCCAGUAUUCUUGAAUGACAAGCAUUCGAAGAUUGAGAAAGAUGUUGUUGUCCGAUUCAUCGUCAUUGGUACAAAGUGGCUUGAGGCAGAAAGAGAGUUUCAGGCACUGGUGAGUUUAGAGGGUGAUUAUUUAGGACCUGUUUCUUAGUUUAGCUUGUUUGCAUUGCCCUUUAAUUUGAUGAUCAUUUGAAAACAUGUUUAUAUGCAUGUACUUGACCAAGUAUGCAAUGUGACUGGUUAAGAAUUUUGGAAA